CAACAUAAACAAAAGGACGUAAGAUAAACUCCAUCGGCAUCAGAAAUCCGGCAUCAAAGCCCUACCAGAAAUGACGGUCACCGCUGCCAAUAAUUUUCAGCGAGACCACAGUGCCACCAGAAAUUGUGUAAUUGUUGUAUUUAUUUAAACGAAUUCCAAAAAUACAUACACCAAAAGGCGCCAAAUGUCAAAACAAACGUCAAGAUAAAAUCAAAACAUUGGCCCCCAAAAGAAAUCCUCUCCCUGAGAUAAAUCUUACAAAACAAGGCGAACGGGGAAUGCCAAGAGGGGUUAUAGGAUAACAAUGAAAUUCCCCUUUUACAAAACAAACAGGAUAUCGUGACCAAUCAAUAACAUAUAAUCAGUGAAAAAUACGAAAUACCGGCACAACAGAGUGGUACCAAACUGAGACCAGACAACAGCGAAACCAAACAGAUCAGUCACGUCACGGGGUGCAAAGCCACAGAAAAGGGACUUGUAAGGGACAAGCUCAGAAAACGCAUGGUCUCAUGGUAAUGUUUUACAUUGCCACUAUAAUGGCCUCUCAAAGAGAAUUUAUUAAUAAGUGCUUAGGAGUUCUGCUAGUCCUAGCACUGGGAACCACCAAUGGAGGACUACUUGAGGAUCAUGGUGGCAACGACUUGUCUGGGCAUGAAGGAGCUAGUGGUGGGGGAGGUGGUUAUGAAGGAGCUGGAGAUUACGGAGGUGGAGAUUAUGGAGGUGGUCACGAAUCAUCCGGUGGUGGAGGAGAUGGUGGUUGGCAACCAUUAGGAAUCCAUGGACAGGAUGGGUCACAUGAAGGCUUUAAUCAACAACCAGAAGUUCACGUAGAACACCAACAUAUACCUACCAAAGAAAUCAUUAAAGAAGAACACUAUCCAGUACCCAUAGUUAAAAAAAUCGAAUUUCCAGUACCUCAUCCAGUAGGAGUACCACAUCCACAAGUAAUUAAAGUUGGAGUACCUCAACCCUACGGAGUUCAAGUGCCUGUACCACAACCCAUAGCCGUUCCAAUUUACAAAUUGGUUCCUCAAGAAAUCGAGAAGAGAGUACCCAUCACAGUUGAAAAGCUUGUACCAAUUUACGUUCCCAAACCCGUUAAAAUUGAAGUUGAAAAGCAUCACGUAGAAUACAUUAAGAAACCAUACCCUGUGCAUGUACCGGUAUACAAACAUGUCUUCCAUCAUGGAGGUGGAGGUCACGGACACUAAAAAUUCAAAUGCUUACCUCCUUACAGACUGACAAGAGUAUGAUAGUUUGUGUCAUAGACAUUCUGCGUGUUGUUGAUUAUUUUUAAUUUUUAUAUAUAAGUUUACUUUUGUUAUCUAUUUUUUCUACUUGUCCUAUAAUAUGAUUGGUGUAUCACUCUUGUUUCAAUGUGAUUUUUGUACAUAAGUUAUAUGUCGUUUGUUAUUAGUUCUUUAGGAAUUUAUAUUGUUACAAUUUUUAAUAAAAUCGAUGGAAUAAAAAAAACAUGUUUUCCUCUAUUUUGGGUGGCUUGUACAAAAUUCAGCAAUAUAAAUAAAAUAAAUUAA